AUGGGCAGCGACACACAGACAUUGCUUAAUAGACUUCGUGAGCUGGUGAUUUUCGCCUUGAUUGUACAAUGCUACGGAAAAGCGCCUGACCGCGAUCUUGUUCUCGUGAGAUAUCGAGGCAGGGUGCUGAAGAUUUGUUCGGGAAGGAGUAUAGGCAAACCUUUGGACGUAAUUGCGGGCAAUGGUUCACUCACGACCGUGGUCAACGCUGGACUGGAAAAUCCACACUCGCACAUGUACAUAGGGGAUUCACGUUUGAGAGGUAGAAGACAUUGUGGCAACGGUGUUCUGCAAUUUCUCGAGUUCAACAAGUCGAGGAAUGCCUUCAACACCCUUGCAACAGACGAUAUUCCGUCAGUUGUGAAGCAUUCAUCAUUCGUCGUUUCGGUUACCAAUCCUGGAAAGGAUGACGUGAACUCCAAAAUUCUGCAUAAGAACUCCUAUCAGCACGACCCAAGUGUGACUGGAACCACUGCAGAUGCAGCAGCACUUAAGAUGUAUGAAGGCAGCGUGGACCAGCUGAAGCAACAAUAUGCUCCGCAUCACGAGAUGAUCCAGGAGUUCAUGCUGAGAAACACUUACGUGCCCCUUAUUGCCUCAAAAGACGCUGUCAGGUGGUGCAUGCCUUCCUGGCUACCUUCACUGGUGAUCAUGAAAGCCAAGGUCGUCAGCUUCUAA